AUGUUCGGCGCUCAGGCUCGCUCCGGCAGGGCCACCAUGCUCAUCGCCGGUUCCGUCCUCUUGCUUAUACUGUUCAUCGGCCUAGCCUUCAACCACCUCGACUACUGGGGUUCUUCGCCCUCUAAGCCCCACGCAUAUCGCCCCCUCCCCAGCGAGCCCGAACCGCUGGCCGAUGCCGAGCUUCGAUCGUCAUUCAUCGACAAGGUCCUCAAGUCGAAGAUCAAGGUCGAUGCCGAUACAUACUCCCUCUACGGUGCCUUUAACUGGAAGCUCCCCGGAAAGCCCCUGUGGACUGAGCCCCUGGGUGAGAAUCUCUGCAUCAUCGACCUCGACAACCGUCCGUUUGACAAGCCGGGCGAGAUCUUUGCCGACACCCCCAUGACCUGGAACAAUGCUAGCGAGGUCAACGGUCUGUCUGUCGGCAUCCUCAACCACUGGCUAUAUGCCAAGAUUCACGGCUACAGGUACUACUACAUCGAGAUUGAGGAGUACGAGGACCGCCGCACGUCGUGGAAGAAGCCCCCCGUCAUGUCUGAGAUCCUCAAGCACCACGACGCCUGCAUCUACCUCGACUCGGACGCCAUCUUCCACCGUCUGGACCUGCCAUUCGAGUGGCUCAUGAACUACUGGCAGGUGCACCCCUCUGAGAACUCGCUCGCCCUGGCCUUCGAUCCCGUGGCCGACAACAACAUGGACAAGUUCGGCAAGGUCUACCUCAACACGGGCUUCAUCAUUGCCCAGAACAACGAGAGGACCUUUGAGGUCAUGAAGGCCUGGCAGCAGUGCCCCGACGACGACAGCGUCCACCCCGGGUGCAAGGACUUCCGCCUCAACCACCCGGGGCGCCCCACCGACCAGGGCGGCUUCGGCACCUACAUCCGCUACGACUACGCCGAGGACAUCAAGGAGCUCCCCUGCGACGAGGCCAACGGCUACCUCGAGAGCGGCUCCGGCUGCAACGGCCGCUUCAUCGAGCACCUCUGGACCGGCAAGAGCACCCACAUCAAGGUUGCCGUCGGCGAGCAGCUGCCCGGUGACCUCCUCGAGGUCUUCCACCGCCGCUUCACCGAGGAGAGGAAUGAUUAUUACUUUACCGAGGCCGAGCUCUUUGCCGGCAAGGCCCACACCAAGCCAGCCGCUGCCAAUAUCGACGGUGACUCGAGGUGA